CUUCUCUUCUUUCCCAUACUCUCCACUACUUGUACCUAUACCAUUUCUCUCACCCUUGUUCUCGCCUCGGAUCACCGAUAUACAAACACUCUCAAGAAUCCUCAUCAGCUACCGCGUACCAAGUUUUUCCUGCGGCCUUCGCGUCGAGAGGAAGCCCACCCCGCCGAGCGCACCCGCAGAUUCGCCCACUACACGCCGCCGACAUCGACCAGAAGUCGGCACAGCGCGCCGCGCGAGCGCGAGCCUAGCUCUGCGAUUCGCGCCACGCCCUCGCCAGAGGCACGGACGUCAUGGAGGAGGCCGUGGAGGAAGUCGAGCAGCCGGCGGCGGCGUCGGCGGCGUCGGCGGGAGGACGAGCCGCGCAGCGGGCGAUCAUCAUCUCGGGGUGGCCGUGCGUGGGCAAGUCGUGGCUGAUCAACCGCGGCGCGAUGGAGGGCUACGCGAUCCUGGACCUGGACUCGUCGCGGUACUCGUUCCUGGCGGACGGGCGACGGAACCCGCGGUUCGAGGAGGACUACAUCGCCGCGAUCCUGCGGCGGGUCGGCGACGAGGUGAUCCUGAUGGUGUCGGCGCACCGCCAGGUGCGCCAGCGCCUCGCCGACCUCGGCCUGUGGUUCGCGCUCGUGAUGCCGCGCCGCGAGCUGCGCGAGGUCUGGCUGCAGCGCAUGGUGUCCCGCGGCACCGCCGACAUGGUGCCCUUCUUCCGCGACAACUGGGACACCCUGGUCGCCGGCUGCGUCGCCCAGCAGGGCUGCGACAUCGUCUAUCUCGGCUCCGCGCAGUACCUCGAGAAUGUAAUACUCAACAUCGUUACGAAGUUCAAGCCCCCGGCGGCCUACUAGCCGGUUAAUGCUAAUAAAUUCCUACUUUUUGUCCUGCGAUCCCUUCCGCGUGAAUCUAUACACCAGGAGCGGGGGAGAAUACACCCUCACGCGUAGUUGGCGAGUCCGUCCGUCGGCUCGUGAGGCGCUUCGCAUAAUCCGAGCUCGCGUCUAGCCGGCUAUUAGAGUGUACUUACGUAUACGGCAAUACCCGAAACCGCACCCAGUUUGGAAGUUAAGCGACGAGGCGU